AUGUCAAGACCUCAACGUGAGGAGAGCUGUCGCCAAGGCCAGAACGAACCGCUUCAUGCACACGGUCCUCGGCGUCAAGGAAACUUGGCUGAAUUUGUACGCAUACAGAGGCCUUAUAACUGCCCUCGCACCGAAACAAGCCCUCAACUUCGGCCCGGCGAUGCCUUUCCCGCCUCCAAUCUCGAUCUGUUGCCAUGGUCACCUCCUAAUCAUCUACGCCGGCACACUCAGCGACAGAUUCAUAAUCUUCGGGCCGAAGGCGCGCACGACGAUCAAAGAAUCGGCUCCACAGUGUUCGAGCCUACAGCCGACGGCGGAAGGGGGCAGAGGGUUGCCAUCAACCAUUCAAAGAGAAGCAGUGGACGAGGUGUACGACCGGAUGACCUGCAAGAAGUGAUGGGACCUUUGCUUUCCCGACUGGAUGAACUACCGAAUCGAACCAUGCCUGCUCUUUUGGGCGCGCCACGCCCCUUCAUAUUCCUGCAAGGACAAGCCGCAGGCGGAUCGGAAAUACGCCAAUUCCACUCACAGCGAGCGGAUCCGCAUUCAAUGCGAUCAGAAGGGCUUCGUGAUCCCCGCGCUGACGAUGGACGAAGAGGAGGCCAGCCGCUUUCGCCUUUCGAUUCUCUCGAUCGAAUUCUUAAUCUCUCAAAUAUUCGACCGGAUAGGGAUGACUCAGAAAUGCUCGACCGCAUGGUCAGACAGCUCUCGGAACGAGACAAUGCAAGUCCCGGACCUCCGCCCGCCUCCGGAGAAGCUAUCCUGUCUCUCAAAAAGAAGAAGGUGGAUGGGGACAUGCUAGGCGAAGAAGGGAAGGCUGAAU